AUGUCGGACCGGAGCGCCCCGGGCUGCCGGCUCAGACUGGACUGGGUCUACGGGUACCGGGGCCACCAGUGCCGGAAUAACCUGUACUACACCGCCGGGAAGGAGGUGGUGUACUUCGUGGCCGGGGUGGGCGUGGUUUACAACACCAGAGAGCACAGCCAGAGGUUUUACCUGGGACACAACGAUGACAUCAUCAGCCUGGCGUUGCACCCGGAGCGCUCGCUGGUGGCGACGGGUCAGGUGGGGAAGGAUCCCUACGUGUGUGUGUGGGACUCCUUCACCGUCCAGACCGUCUCUCUGCUCCGCGACGGUCACACACACGGCAUCGCCUGCCUCGCAUUCAGUGCUGACGGACAGCGGUUAGCCUCGGUCGGCCUCGAUGCCAAAAACACAGUGUGUAUCUGGGAGUGGAAGAGAGGGAAGAUCCUGGCUACAGCCACCGGACACUCGGACAGAAUCUUCGACGUCAGCUGGGAUCCGUUUCAGCAGAACCGCCUGGUGAGCUGUGGAGUCAAACACAUCAAGUUCUGGUCUCUGUGUGGUAACGCUCUCACUCCAAAGAGGGGGAUUUUCGGGAAGACGGGCGACCUGCAGACCAUCCUGUGUGUCGCUGCGGCCAAAGACGACAUCACAUACUCCGGGGCGCUGAACGGGGACAUUUACGUCUGGAAGCUGCUCAACCUGAUACGAACAGUUCAGGCUGCACACGGGGCUGGUAUCUUCAGCAUGUAUUCCUGUGAGGAGGGUUUUGCCACAGGAGGCAGAGACGGCUGCAUCCGACUGUGGGACGCCGACUUCAAACCCAUCACCAAGAUCGACCUGCGAGAGGCCGAGCAGGGAUACAAAGGUCUGUCUAUUCGCAGCGUCUGCUGGCGAGCCGACCGGAUCCUGGCGGGAACGCAGGACAGUGAGAUCUUUGAGGAUCGAGACAAGCCGCUGCUGAUCAUGCAGGGACACAGCGAGGGCGAGCUCUGGGCGCUGGACGUUCACCCCAAAAAACCUCUGGCUGUCACCGGCAGCGACGACCGCUCUGUCAGGCUGUGGAGUCUGGUGGAUCACGCCCUCAUCGCUCGCUGUAACAUGGAGGAGGCUGUGCGGAGCGUGGCGUUCAGUGUGGACGGAUACCAGCUGGCUCUGGGCAUGAAGGACGGAUCCUUCACUGUGCUGAGAGUCAGAGACAUGACGGAGGUCGUCCACAUCAAAGACAGGAAGGAGGUGAUUCAUGAGAUGAAGUUUUCUCCAGACGGUGCGUACCUCGCUGUCGGCUCCAAUGACGGACUCGUGGACAUCUACGCUGUCGCCCAGAGAUACAAGAAGGUAGGAGAAUGCAGUAAAUCCACCAGUUUCAUCACUCACCUGGACUGGUCUGCAGACAGCAAAAUCCUGCAGACCAACGACGGAGCUGGAGAACGUCUUUUCUACCGAAUGCCCAUGGGGAAGCCGGUCGUCAGUAAGGAGGAGGUGAAAGGUCUGUGCUGGGCGUCCUGGAGUGGCGUCCUGGGCUCAGAGGUCAGCGGCAUCUGGCCAAAAUACUCCAAUCUAACUGAGAUCAACGCGGUGGACGCCAACCACGCUGCUGCGGUGCUCGUCACCGGAGACGACCUCGGCCUUGUUAAACUCUACCGCUUCCCCUGCCUGAAGAAAGGAGCCAAAUUCAAGAAGUACAUCGGCCACUCGGCCCACGUGACCAACGUCCGCUGGUCACAUGACCUGCAGUGGGUGCUGACCACAGGUGGGGCUGACCACGCCCUCUUUCAGUGGAGGUUUCUACCAGAGUCGGUCAUGAACGGAGGACUGGAUACCAACAUACAAGACAGUCACGGGGACUCUAACAGUGAGGAGUCGGACAGCGAUGUGUCAGAUGUCCCGGAGCUCGACUCCGAUAUUGAGCAGGAAACACAGAUCAACUACGACAGACAGGUGUAUAAGGAGGACCUGCCUCAGUUGCGACAGCAGAGCAGAGAGAAGAAACAGCAGGUCGGAUCUCUGAAGAGACAGAGAGGACCAGACCAAGGCCUCCGGCUGCAGUUUGUGCACGGGUACCGUGGUUAUGACUGCAGGAACAACCUGUUCUACACUCAGAGCGGGGAGGUGUUGUAUCAUGUGGCGGCGGUUGGUGUGGUCUACAACCGGCAGCUGCACAGCCAGCGCUUCUACCUCGGCCACGACGACGACAUCCUGAGCCUCAGCAUCCACCCGCUGAAGGACUACGCUGCUACGGGACAGGUGGGGAGGGACCCGGCCAUUCAUGUGUGGGACAUCCAGACUCUGAAGUGUCUCUCUCUGCUGAGAGGUUUCCACCAGAGAGGAGUGUGUGCUCUGGACUUCUCAGCUGAUGGAAAGAGUCUGGUGUCUGUGGGAGUCGAUGACGGACAUUCAAUUGUGGUUUGGGAUUGGAAGAGAGGAGAGAAACUCGCUACUGCCAGGGGUCAUAAGGAGAAGAUAUUUGUGGUGAAGUGUAAUCCCAUGCUGAUGGACAAACUGGUCACUGUGGGCAUCAAACACAUCCAGUUCUGGCAACAUGCAGGUGGCGGUCUGACGUUUAAGCGUGGUGUGUUCAGGAGCGUCGGCCGGCCGGAGACCAUGAUGUCGGUGUGUUACGGCCGCAGCGAGGCGCUGGUGUUCUCCGGCGCCGCCACCGGAGACGUUUACAUCUGGAAGGAAGUGCUGCUGCUGAAAACAGUCAAAGCCCACGAUGGACCGGUGUUCGCGAUGUUCUCCCUUGAUAAGGGCUUUGUGACGGGCGGGAAGGACGGCGUGGUGGAGCUGUGGGACGACAUGUUCGAUCGCUGUCUGAAGUCUUACGCCAUCAAGAGAGCAGCGCUGUCCCCGGGCUCCAAAGGCCUGCUGCUGGAAGACAACCCGUCCAUCAGGGCCAUCACUCUGGGUCACGGUCACAUCCUGGUGGGAACCAAAAACGGAGAAGUUCUGGAGAUCAACAAGACUGGACCGAUGACGCUGCUGGUGCAGGUGCGUCAGGAGUCGUGA